GAGGCGGAAGUGACGUGGUUUAUUUUGAAAAUUCAUGGCGCUGAACUACACUGGUAUCUUUAAAAUAUUCUCUACGGAUCGAUAUUAGCUCGACGUGAACAUGAAGAGAGUUCAGACGACGAUUCCUGCACAGCCCAGUGUCACUUCCAGAGCAACACACAUCAAAAACGACAUGGACAAUAAGAAGAACCAACACAGGUUUCUUAAAGUGCCAACUACGAGAUAUGGGCAACAAAAUGACAUGAGGGAGCAGAAUCGAGUCUUAAUUUCAGCAAAUGAAGACCUGCACAAGCAGCUUGAAGAAAUGAAGGACACCGUGACAGAGCUGGAGCAGAGAUGCACAGACCUCCAAGGAGAAAAUCGAGAAAUUCAAAAACAGCUGCGGGACUGUCACGUCCUCCUAGUAGCAGAAAAGCUUGACCCAGUUUCAGGGGAAAAGUUGGGCCAGACAGCAGAAGACAAGGAAGAACAAAGAAAACAAGUCAUGACUGUUUCUCAAAAUCUCCUGACUGAGCUGAAACUGCUUGGCGAGACGGCGCAAGAGCAUGCAGCAAAUUUACUGGAGGUGCAGAACACCAUGAAGGAUCUGACGGAAGCUCAUGAAAAGCUCCAGGAGGAGAGGACAUUGUUUACUUCCGAUGUGGAGGAAAUGGAAAGAGCUCUGGAAGAGGCAGAGAGACUCUUGAUGGAGUAAAUGAAAGAAACUCUUUGCUCUGGCCAUAAAUACUGCAAUGCCAUAUGGUGCUUUCAGAGAUCUGUCAGAAUGAGAACGACAACCAGCGUCUGCAUGAAAGUGUACAAACACUGCUGCAUUUUAAGGAACAUCAACCAAAUGUACUACAUUCAUACAUAUAUAUAUAUACAGUGCUUUACAAUGUUCUGUGUUUGUCUGUCUACAAUUUGAUGUAUUAAUAUAAAGUUUUCAUGUAGUUUUGAAAUUGCAAAGCACUUCUUUUGAUUGUGACUGUAUUUUAUUAUUGAACAUGAUUAAAUUCUGAACUGGCUUUGAAAA